AGGAAAAGCCAGUACCGAAGAGGCCCCAGAUCACUAGGACCUUCCCUCCCUCCCACUGACCACUCACCACCACUGCUUUCUUUCCUAUCAUUAUUAUAUUGUUGAUGAUGGGUGGCAACAGUCUAUAUCUCUCUCUUCUCUACGGUCUCUGAAUUCCUCUCCCCCGAUCUGGCUUCAUCCAAUUCAUUUGGCAAGUCAUCUUCUUACCACAAGAAGAUGCAAGACCAAUUCCACUUCCCUUCCUGCUUCACACCCGGCGAGCCGAUGGCCGAUGAUCCCACAUCUAUUGCUGCAACCAAGUCAGGCCAGAGCAUCGUGACAUCGGUAUAUCGGACCAAGAUCGCAGGCCAUUGCCGGUUGAUCACUGUGACUUGGUGCAAAGAUGUCCUAGUUCAUGGCCUCUCCGUUUCAGUGGAGGAAAGAUCAGACAGUGUUGAUGAGACCAACAUCAACAUUAAUACCAACCAGCACAUGAGCUGCAAGGUGGAGCUGCGGCCAUGGUAUUUCUGGCGCAAGCAUGGCUCGAAGCGCUUCCAUGUCGAAGGGAAGCCUGUCGACGUGUUCUGGGAUCUCAAGAGUGCGAAAUUCUCGGGAGAACCCGAGCCUCAAUCCAACUACUACGUCGCAGUGGUCUCCGACGAGGAGGUGGUCCUCCUCCUAGGCGAUCUUAACACGGAGGCCUACCGGAGGACGGGGUCUCGGCCGGCGACCAUAGAUGCCACUUUGGUGUCCAGAAAGGAGCAUGUCUUCGGUAGGAGAAGGUUCGCGACAAGAGCCAAGUUCAGCGAGAAGGGGAAGCUCCAUGAGAUAUUGAUAGAGUGCAGCAGUGAUGGCAGCGGCAGCAGCAUCGGUGGGAACAUGGAUCCAGAGAUGGUGAUAAAGAUUGACGGGCAUGUCGCCAUCCAUGUGAGACAUCUCCAAUGGAAGUUCAGAGGCAAUCAAUCUGUAACAGUUAACAAAGCUAGAGUGGAGGUAUAUUGGGAUGUUCAUGACUGGAUCUUCAGCCCUGGUCCAAGGCAUGCAUUGUUCAUAUUCAAGCCAUCGCCACUACUGCGUUCUUCGGCGCCAACAUCAUCUUCAUUGAGUUCUUUUGAUGGAAAGAAUGCCACUGUAGAUGGGUCAUCUGGAUUUUGCUUGUUUCUUUAUGCCUGCAAGUUAGAAUGAUGGAUUUCUUACGCUAGUCUAAUGCCUUGUUAUUAUAAUUACAAUUCAGAAGGAAUUGAGAGGUUGGCUCGAUUAAACCUUGCAUGCAAUUUAUGUUGGAUUAAAGUUCUUUUCCUUCAGGAAACAGAUCGAGGGAGACAAAGAUAUCGUAUGGUAGUAGAGUUUUUUCUCUGCAAAAGGUGAUCAGUGUGAACACUUAGCAAUGAGGAGGAGAAAGAGAGAGGGAGAGAGAGAGAGAGAGAGAUGGGUGGCAAGCACAUGGAGGUGGGUUCCAGUGUCAGAUUGUAAAGUUAGCUACAGCCUGUCUGAACAAAAGAAGGCCAUAAAGAGAUGUCAAGUUGGCUUCACACUACUACGCACUCCAAUAAUUCCCACAUCCAAGCAUCUCUAUUUUCCACCUCUUUGCAUCCUCCAAAUCCAAUACACACCACAUCCAUAUCCACAUAAGAGAUUAUACUUGUUCUUCAUUUAUUCUCCCAUUCCAUGCUAAAAGCACCAAAAUUUUUUGUUGAAAGAAAGGAAUCAUGUUCCUAGCAAUUUAUUUCAUGUAGAAAAUGAAGUGAAACGAAUUAAAAUGAAAAAGAGAGUGAAAAUGAAAAAGGUUCAAAGAAGGAUUUAACUUGAA